CGGCCGGGAGCCGAGUCCGGGCCCGAGCCCGAGCCGCACCGGGAGGCCAGAGGACUGUGGGCGGAGAUGGCGGCCGCGUCGGCCGCGACAGUGGCGGAAGGGAUGGAGCCGCGGGCGCUGCAGUACGAGCAGACCCUGAUGUAUGGCCGGUAUACUCAGGACCUUGGGGCCUUUGCCAAAGAGGAAGCUGCUCGGAUUCGCCUGGGAGGGCCCGAGACCUGGAGGGGUCCACCUUCCCCUCGGGCUCCCCCAGAGAUCCUGGAAUAUGGACAGAGCCGUUGCGCCCGAUGCCGCAUCUGUUCCGUACGCUGCCAUAAGUUCCUAGUGUCCAGGGUUGGUGAAGACUGGAUCUUCCUGGUCCUGCUGGGGCUCCUCAUGGCUCUGGUCAGCUGGGCCAUGGACUAUGCCAUCGCUGCCUGUCUGCAGGCUCAACAGUGGAUGUCCCGAGGCUUGAACACCAGCCUCUUGCUCCAGUACCUGGCCUGGGUCACCUACCCCAUCGUUCUCAUCACUUUCUCAGCUGGAUUCACACAGAUCCUGGCUCCUCAGGCUGUCGGGUCUGGCAUCCCUGAGAUGAAGACCAUCUUGCGAGGAGUGGUGCUGAAGGAAUACCUCACCCUGAAGACCUUUGUAGCUAAGGUCAUUGGACUGACCUGUGCCCUGGGCAGCGGGAUGCCCCUUGGCAAAGAGGGCCCUUUUGUGCAUAUCGCCAGCAUGUGUGCUGCCCUGCUCAGCAAGUUCCUCUCCCUCUUUGGGGGCAUCUAUGAGAAUGAAUCCCGGAACACAGAGAUGCUGGCUGCUGCCUGUGCCGUGGGAGUAGGCUGCUGCUUUGCAGCACCUAUUGGAGGCGUCCUAUUCAGCAUUGAGGUCACCUCCACCUUCUUCGCUGUGCGGAACUACUGGCGAGGCUUCUUUGCUGCCACCUUCAGUGCCUUCAUCUUCCGGGUCCUGGCGGUCUGGAACCGUGAUGAAGAGACCAUUACGGCUCUCUUCAAAACCCGAUUCCGGCUUGACUUCCCCUUUGACCUCCAGGAGCUGCCGGCCUUUGCUGUCAUUGGUAUUGCUAGUGGCUUUGGGGGAGCGCUCUUUGUCUACCUGAACCGGAAGAUUGUCCAGGUGAUGCGGAAGCAGAAAACCAUCAACCGCUUCCUCAUGAAGAAGCGCCUGCUCUUCCCAGCUCUGGUGACCCUGCUCAUCUCCACUCUGACCUUCCCCCCUGGGUUUGGACAGUUCAUGGCCGGACAGCUCUCACAGAAAGAGACUCUGGUCACCCUGUUUGACAACCGGACGUGGGUCCGCCAGGGCCUGGUAGAGGAGCUAGAGCCACCGGGAACCUCACAGGCCUGGAGCCCACCACGUGCCAACGUCUUCCUCACCCUGGUCAUCUUCAUUCUCAUGAAGUUCUGGAUGUCUGCACUGGCCACCACCAUCCCAGUGCCCUGUGGGGCCUUCAUGCCGGUCUUUGUCAUUGGAGCAGCAUUUGGGCGUCUGGUGGGCGAAAGCAUGGCUGCCUGGUUUCCAGAUGGGAUUCACACUGACGGCAGCACCUACCGGAUUGUGCCUGGUGGCUAUGCAGUGGUGGGGGCAGCUGCACUGGCAGGAGCAGUGACACACACAGUGUCCACGGCUGUGAUCGUGUUCGAGCUCACAGGCCAGAUUGCCCACAUCCUACCCGUCAUGAUUGCCGUCAUCCUGGCCAACGCCGUUGCCCAGAGCCUACAGCCCUCACUUUAUGACAGCAUCAUCCGGAUCAAGAAACUGCCCUAUUUGCCUGAACUGGGCUGGGGCCGCCACCAGCAGUACCGGAUGCGAGUGGAGGACAUCAUGGUGCGGGAUGUUCCCCACGUGGCCCUCAGCUGCACCUUCCGGGACCUUCGAUUAGCACUGCACAGGACCAAGGGCCGCAUGCUGGCCCUAGUGGAAUCCCCUGAGUCCAUGAUCCUCCUGGGCUCCAUUGAGCGCUCACAGGUGGUGGCAUUGCUGGGGGCGCAGCUGAGCCCAGCCCGCCGACGGCAGUACAUGCAGGAGCAUCGAAAUGCCCAGACCUCUCCACCGUCCGAUCAGGAGAGUCCCCCUAGCCCUGAGACCUCCGUCCGCUUCCAGGUGAACACAGAGGACUCAGGUUUCCCUGCAGCCCGGGGGGAGACUCACAAGCCCCUGAAGCCUGCUCUCAAGAGGGGGCCCAGCAACACCAUGAACCUCGGGGAGAGUCCCACAGGGAACAUGGAGCAGGCAGGCAUCGCCCUCAGGAGCCUCUUCUGUGGCAGUCCACCCCCCGAGGCUGCUUCAGAGUUGGAGAAGUCCGAAUCAUGUGACAAGCGCAAGCUGAAGCGGGUCCGAAUCUCCCUGGCGAGUGACUCAGACUUGGAAGGCGAGAUGACCCCUGAGGAGAUUCUGGAGUGGGAGGAACAGCAACUAGAUGAACCUGUCAACUUCAGCGACUGCAAAAUUGACCCUGCCCCCUUCCAGCUGGUGGAGCGGACCUCUUUGCACAAGACUCACACCAUCUUCUCACUACUGGGAGUGGACCAUGCUUAUGUCACCAGUAUUGGCCGACUCAUUGGGAUCGUCACCCUAAAGGAGCUCCGGAAGGCUAUCGAGGGCUCUGUCACAGCACAGGGCGUCAAAGUCCGGCCGCCCCUGGCCAGCUUCCGUGACAGUGCCACCAGCAGCAGUGACACAGAGACCACAGAGGUGCAUGCACUCUGGGGGCCCCGCUCCCAUCAUGGCCUCCCCCGGGAGGGGAGCCCUUCUGACAGCGAUGACAAGUGCCAAUGAACCCCCUCAGUGGGUGGCCUAGGAUGGCAGUGGCUGUGGCUGUUGGUCUAGACCGUGAAGCUCUCCUGUCCCGUCUGCCUUGGGAAAGGAGGCGCCUGCACUAAAGGCUGGAGCCCUAGCCUCCCUUCCAGUCCUGGGGUGCCAAGCUCCUCCUGGUUCAUCCUACCUGGAAUCCGACCCAGUGCCCACCUGUAGCAAGUGUUCCACGGGCAGGAAGAUCAGCAUCCCCCUGGCAGGACAGGGGUGGAGUCACU